ACAUGUACAGUACUUAUUGUGUAAAGUGCAUUACUCGUAAGUGCGUGGUUAUAACACAAGCGCACGAUGUUGUGAUUUUCCACCUCUGACGUUGAAUGGCGUUAAGCUGUACUUUGGAUUUUACGUUGUCUCUCGAACUUCACCAGCCCUUGCCCCCACACCUUGCCUCGGUUAGCAAUCCGAAUUUAUGCCCAGUCAGUUAGUAUGAACGGUGAAGCCAUGUUUAUGUGACUCGCAGGCACAGUGAGUCGUGACCAGUGACAACUUGUCACUCAAUCUGCAAUAAUGUCCGUCACCAUCGACGACUGUAGGAGGAAGGAGGCAGACACGCUGGUCGCCUCUCGGUUCAAGAGAUACCUACUGAGGGAGGGGCCUUCGAAGAAGCGACUCAAGAGCGACUUUGACGAUGGCAGCCCGUACCCGUCGGGUUCGGAGACACUAGGAUCCAACUCAGAUGAUUCCUCGGACGAAGCAAAUAAGACAUUCAAUUACAGUGAAAUCAUUCGCUGUCAAAUAUGCGGCGACAAGGCCUCCGGGAUGCACUAUGGUGUCUAUUCUUGCGAAGGAUGCAAGGGGUUCUUCCGUCGGACACAGCGGAUGAAGCUGGAGUACAAACCUUGUCCACUUUGGGAAACCAAACCGUGCGACAUCACUAUCAAAUCGCGCAAUAAAUGCCAGUAUUGUCGCUUCCAAAAAUGCCUUCAACUUGGAAUGUCAACAGGAGCCGUUCGCAUGGGGCGCGUCCCGCGGGCUGAGAAGGAGAAACUCCUGCACGAGAUGGAACACGUCCGGGAAAACCUGAUACUCAGCGAGACCGAGGAGGAGCGCGAGCACCGGCUCUUUGUGGAGCGGGUGUACGAGAACUAUGCCAGACACUUCGAGGGGGAAAAAUCCGACAAGGAGAUUGAAGGCUUCCGUAUGUAUGUCAACCAGGAGAUGGAAGUGACUUUCCCUACGGGCAUUGUCUUCAAAAUCACCCCGCUGAGCAUUUCCCCGGAAAAUUUGGCUGGCAAGCCCCGGGAGCUGACCAACCCCUUCCACGUCAGCCGGCACCUGUCGUGUGCCUCGGAGAUCGGCAUCCACAAGAUGGCCAGCUGCCUCAAGAACGUCCCGGAGUUCCGGUCGCUGUCGGCCAAGGAUCAGCUUAUUCUCUUCAGAGAGUCGUGCUUCGAGAUUGCACUUACCUUUAACGCCGAGAGGUACCACCUAGGGAUAAUCCAAUUCCCCGAAGACAACACCUUUGUCCAGGAACAGCGAAUGGAAGAGAUCUGCACGCGCAUGGACAUCCAGUCGCCCAGUUUCACGUACAUCACGCGGUUCAAUGCGCUGAAACUGAUCGGGCGAGAGAAGGCACUCUUCACGCUGCUUAUUCUCGUGGCGCCAGACCGUGAAGAGCUGACCGACACCGAGGCUGUGGAGCGGUUCCAGCACAAGCUGGUCAAGGCCCUGGCCGUGGAGCUGGCCCGGAACCACCCUCACAAGCGCAACAUCCUAGCCCGCUGUCUCAACCUGCUGACGCUGCUACGGAACGUGAUGCCGGAGCAGAUCAACAAGAUGAAAUCCAUCAUAUCCAUGUUCGACGGCCAGCUGCCCGUCCAGCCUAGUCCGCUCAUGAAGGAGGUGUAUCGUCUCACGUGAUGGUGCGGGAUUUCGUGUGAGGACUCAGCGUGCAAACUUUGCUCGAUCUUCCUGGAGCGUUCGAAAGAGGGCGCCCUGUUCCUGUCCGAAAAGCACCCCUGUCCUCAUGUUGGGAAAAAAUCGAGUCGUAAUUUUGCAGAUAUUGAUAAGUCAAUUGAAACAGUGUUAAAUUUUUGUUUUCCUGUAGGGAUCUGCGUUCUGAAGUUGACAGAAAGACUGAAAUAUUUUAGCACCUCUCUCUGGUUUUCUUGUGUGUGUUGUCUGUUAUGAUGAAGAUGUGUUGUACGUUCAAAUGCCUGACCUACGGAGGCUUAAAUGACCAUCCGUGUUACCGCAUUACUGAGUUAAUUUAUCGUUGAAACAGAGAGACAUACACUGGAUUCCACUGAUUUCAAAAUUGUGAAAUUAUCCCCGAAACACGGAACUUAACGAUAACUCUUUGUGGACACAUUGAUUUCAAUGAUAAGAUAUCUCUGAAAUGCACACGUGGACACGUGGAAUUCAACAAUAAUGUAUUUUGGAAAUCCGGAAGUUAGUGAUGAUUACACUCAGAGUUCAAAGAUUAUGCAUCUUUUUUCGAAUCUCGCAAUGAUUAACAUUCAGACGAUACUCGAUAUAGGCCUAUACACCCACGGCGCGAAGCCAUUGUAGGGUGGCUCCUAAAAAAGGUGUCACACCAGCAGGUUUCAGACCCAAGCGCAGAUAUGGGGGGGGGUCCCCCCAAAAUGAGGUUUUUUUAAUCAAAGUGAAGAUAUUAAGUGUCUUAAAUGGAGGAUGAUUGUUUAUACCGGCAGAGCCAUUUUGCUCUGGAAAUUGUGUCUAAGCUGCUGCUUCAUAUAGUUCACAUUGUGGCCGGGGCGAUUAGUCGAUGCAAAAGUGCACCAGGGAAGCUACUCACCGGUUUUGCCCCCCCCUCUAAAACUGUGGGUCUGGAAACGGCCUAGGCCUUGUGCAGACUUACUGCUAAUCAGCUUGUUUCCAUUCUGACUUGAACCAUUUGCAUAACACGAAGGAUGGAUGCCCGUACCUCCGUUAGAAAUAAUUUAUAUACGUCAUGAUCGUUGAAUUCUCGGUUUCUGAGAUAUGGCAUUAAAGAUGCAUCAUUGAUUUCCGGAUUUCCGAGUUGCCCUGUCGUUGAGUUUCAUGUAUAAUGCCAUAUUUCCAAGAUAGGCCUGCGUUAUCUUUGAAUUCUGCAUUUCAGUGAUAUAUUAUCGUUGAAAUAAGUGUUUCCACAAAACGUUAUCGUUGAAAUCUGUGUUUCGGGUAUAAUUUAUCUUUAAAAUCAGUGUUUCCCAAUGUACAGUGUGUCUCUCUGUUUCAACGAUAAAUUAACUCAGUAAAGGGCUAACAUGGAUAAUUAUUUAAGCUUCCG